UCAUACUUGUUGUGACCCGUGACGAAUGCUGCGGGUUGCCUACCCACGCCGUUCGCUGCACUGUACUGAUUUGUUCUGAUUUGUAAAGACUAUCUGCCACUCCGCUCAGUGAGUGUCAGCAGCGUCCCGUUGUUCAUCGGUCGCCCGUAUCUUAUCCCUGGUCAGCUAUGGUUGUGGCAUUGAGACCAGUCUUCAACAUUGCAUCUCGGCUACUGUCAACAGCUGCCCGACCCACCCGAGCCAUUGUUGCGAUGGAGAAGGAACAAAUCAGUCCUGAUGUGGUCGACAAGAUUCCAUCUGAAGUCGCCAAGGUCACCUAUCCAUCUGGAGCAUCUGUCAACCUCGGGAAUGAGUUGACACCCACCCAGGUCAAAGACAUCCCUGCAGUUUCUUGGAAUGCUGAAGCAAGUGCAUUCUACACUUUGUGCAUGACUGAUCCUGAUGCGCCCAGCCGCAAAGAGCCCACAUACCGUGAAUGGCACCAUUGGUUGGUUGGCAACAUCCCUGGCGCUGAUGUCAGCAAGGGGGAAACCCUCUCAGAGUAUGUUGGAUCUGGCCCACCAGAAGGAACUGGCCUUCACCGAUAUGUCUUCCUGGUUUACAAGCAGUCCGGAAAGCUUGCUUUUGAUGAAAAGAAGCUCACUAAUAGGUCUGGUGACAACCGUGGGUGCUUUGCCAUCCGCAAAUUUGCUGCCAAGUACAAUCUGGGAGAUCCUGUUGCGGGCAACUUCUAUCAGGCGCAGUGGGACGAUUAUGUUCCGAAAUUGUAUGCUCAGCUCGAUGGAAAAUGAGUUUUUGACAAAUGUUGUCCAGUCUUCCUAAUUACGUAGAGGCAACAUCAUCUGUAAUUUGGUGUCUUCCUCAUCAUUGUGAUCGGAGAGUAGGAGCAGAAAAUAAGAUUUGUUAUUCCAAAUAUGUACUUUUAUUUCUUUCAGAUUUUUUAAUCAAACCAAAUUAAAGAAAAAGUUCAAUGAUUAA